AUGACGUCACACGGGUAUGUGGACAGCAGCUACAUCUGCAUCCCAGAGUUGCAGCCACGCCACAGUUUCGGUCACGGGGACCUGAUUGAGCAGUCCCAGAGCUCAGGCAGUGGCUCAGGUUUCAAGCUACUGGUCCAAAACACCAUUGCCAAGCAGGUCCAGAUGGUGAAGCAGAUCGGGAAGGGCCGGUACGGUGACGUGUGGAUGGGCCGCUGGAAUGGUGAUUGCGUGGCCGUCAAGGUCUUCACCACCGAGAGCUGCUGGAUGAGAGAGAGCUGGCUCAGAGAGACCAAGAUCUACCAGACGGUACUGAUUCGGCACGAGAACAUACUGGUCUUCAUCGCCGCAGACAUCAAGGACACGAGCUUGUGUACGCAGCUGUACCUGAUCACUGACUACCACGAGAACGGCUCCCUCUAUGACUACCUGAAGUCCACCACGCUGGACACCGAGUCCCUGCUGCGGCUGGCCUUCUCCUCCGUGUCGGGCCUGUGCCACCUGCACACCACGAUCUUCGGCACGCUGUGCAAGCCGGCCAUCGCCCACCGUGACCUCAAGAGCGAGAACAUCCUGGUGAAGAAGAAUGGCACCUGCUGCAUCGCCGACCUGGGGCUCGCUAUCACCAGCGACAAGAAUGAGGUGGACAUCCCACCCAACAUUCGGGUUGGCACUAAGCGCUAUAUGGCCCCCGAGGUUUUGGACGAGAGCCUGAACCGCAACGACUUCCAGUCCUACAUCAUGGCCGACAUGUACAACUUCGGCCUGAUCCUCUGGGAGAUGAUGCGGAGAUGUGUGUCAGGAGGUAUAGUUGAGGAGUACCAGUUGCCCUACCAUGAUCAGGUUCCUCGUGACCCAUCAUAUGAGGACAUGCGGGAGGUGGUGUGCAUCAAGAGACAGAGACCCGCAUUUGCAAACCGCUGGAGCAGUGAUGAGUGUCUGAGGCAAAUGGGGAGGCUGAUGAUGGAGAGCUGGGCCCAUAACUCCGUCUCCCGCCUUACCUCUCCCCGCAUCAAGAAGAGGCUGGCCAAGAUUUCAGAGUUGCUGGGCAUUAAGCUCUGAGAAUCCCCAGGUUUGAGGGUCUGAGGAAAGGUUGGGAUGGGAGGCAGACCCUCAAAGAGAGUUGAAGGGUUUUAUUUCCAGAAUCCACAACUUCCACUAAGGUUAAUAAAA